ACGCUGCCCCGCUAUCUACAACUCAGUUCAACUGGGGUUGAACGGCCGUCAUGUAAGACUUUUAAGGGAAAGAAGCAGUCGGAUUCCUGCUUUAGGCUACCUUUACUUUGAUCUGGGAGAAAUCCAGAGAUGUUCAAGAUGAUCCAGGUAAUCUGUUUGACAGUGCUGCUUCCUGAAGUGGUUCUUUGUGCUCAGGGUCACUUUGCCCAGAAGCUCCUGAAUGACCUGAUGGAGAAUUACUCCAGUGCCCUGCGGCCUGUGGAGGACACAGACAGAGCGCUUAAUGUGACAUUACAGAUCACCCUCUCUCAGAUAAAAGACAUGGAUGAGAGGAACCAGGUGCUGAUAGCUUACCUGUGGAUUAGGCAGACAUGGCACGAUGCGUACCUGAGGUGGAAUAAAGAAGACUAUGAUGGUCUAGAUGUCAUCCACAUUCCCAGCAGCCUAGUGUGGAGGCCCGACCUUGUCCUCUAUAACAAAGCCGAUGAUGAUUUCUCAGGACCAAUGGACACAAACGUCAAGUUGCGCUACAAUGGAGAGUUAACUUGGGAUGCUCCUGCCAUCACCAAGAGCUCCUGUGUUGUUGAUGUCUCCUACUUUCCAUUUGACAGCCAGGAAUGUAACCUCACCUUUGGUUCCUGGACAUACAAUGGCAACCAGGUAGAUAUCAUCAUGGGCAUGGACAGCGGUGACCUCUCUGAUUUUGUAGAAAACGUGGAGUGGGAAUGCCACGGUAUGCCGGCCACAAAGAAUGUGAUCAUGUACGGCUGCUGUUCUGAUCCCUACCCAGACAUCACCUACACAGUGCUCCUGCAGCGCCGCUCCUCCUUCUACAUCUUUAACCUGCUCCUUCCAUGCUUCCUAAUCUCCUUCUUGGCUCCUCUGGGCUUCUACCUGCCUGCAGACUCUGGUGAGAAGGUUUCCCUUGGAGUCACAGUUCUCCUUGCUCUCACUGUGUUCCAGCUCAUGGUGGCUGAGAGCAUGCCACCAUCAGAAAGUGUGCCUCUUAUAGGAAAGUACUAUAUUGCCACAAUGACUAUGGUAACAGCCUCCACAGCGCUCACCAUUUUCAUCAUGAACAUCCAUUUCUGUGGCGCUGAGGCCAAACCAGUCCCACACUGGGCAAAAGUGCUCAUUAUUGACUACAUGUCAAAGAUUUUCUUUGUCUAUGAAGUAGGAGAGAACUGUGCUUCUGGCUCCUCUGCUUCGUCUUCUCACUACCUUCAGGAUGAUGUGGUUAAUUCUCACAUUCAUGCAAAUGGAAAACCCAGAGGGCACAGCAGCCAAGAGGACCAUCAGGGCCACAGAUACCCAAGAUCUCAGCCUUACAAGCAGCAACAGCAGAGCAGAGUCAAAGUGCAGCACCACAUUAGAAGAGAUGACGGCAACCAUCUCUCCAGAUCAGGACCUAAUAGGUAUGAGGGCUCCAUCCGUAAAAACACACUGAGCGACUACUGUGUGGACCAAAAUCCUCAAGAUCCUACCAACGACUUUAAGUUUCCCUGUUGCCCUGAAGAUGAAAAGCCUCCACCUCUCGGUCCCACGGUAACCUUUGGCCCCUGCGUGUUCUGCAGCUUUGGCAGUGGGUUUCCUAAUGUGGACACCAAGUUAGUCCGCAACGUUGAGUACAUUGCUAAUUGCUUCAGAGAGCAGAAGGCCACAUGUGCCAAGGGGGCAGAGUGGAAGAAGAUUGCUAAAGUGAUGGACAGGUUCUUCAUGUGGAUUUUCUUCGUCAUGGUCUUCCUCAUGAGCAUUCUUGUCCUUGGCAAGGCGAAAUGACUAAGCACUCAAGAUUUGACUUAAUGAACAUUCCUUUGGCCAAACCCAUAAAUUCAAAUGGGUGGUUUUCCUUUUAACAACCAUUGCAGAUGUAGAUUUGUGAAAGUUAAACCAUUUAUUAAGGCAGAAGGCAAAAACUUGUACAUUGUUUGCCCAGUUUUACACAGGAAGUGUGACCCAGAAGUAACCCAGGUCCUAUUCCUAUUUCUUGAAGAACUUUCUGUAGCAGCAGUCAGUGGUUUGUUAAGCUUCCCAAGUUCUUAAAAAAAGUUGGUUUUACCUCCCUGUCAAAUCUUUGGCUAUCAAGGGUCCUUGUUUUAUUUCUAUCAUUCCCAUUUCCUUCCACCCAACUUUCCACUAAAAUGCUUGGAUGCAAAGUUUUCCUCUUUGUUGCACAUACACAUUCGUUGUCAUAAUAAUUUAGGAUAAGAUUUUGAACUUUUGUUGUUAGCAUUAUUAGUUAAUGUUCGUAUUACCACAUUUGAUCAAACCUGUGGUUCUUGUGAUAUCAGAAAAAUAUUUAUUUUGAAAUAGAAUUUUUGAUUUUUAUGCUUAAGGAUGUAAGGACAUAUUAUCCUAAUUGACAUAAUUAAAAGGACAGAUGAACUAUGGUCAGUUAGGAAGAAAACGGGUCAAUUUGAAGAUACUUGGCAGCUUAUAGAGACACAAUGUGAGAGAUAGAUUCACUUCCAAGGAUUGGAUUUUAUAAUGGAACAGUUUGCUAUUGAGUUGAUUAGGAUGCUGCAACAACACUAAGAUAAAGUUUUGGACACAUUUUAUAACAUAACCUAAACACCAAAAUGGUGACACUGACAGCAUUUUAGGCAUUGUUCUGCCCCCUGCAUAGGCGUGCCAAGUAUUUAUCAAAAUUUUGGAGUUACCCAUCCUAUUUGGCAAAAGCCUCAGUGCUGAUCUUUGCAGCCAUUGUGCAGCCCUAUUUAGAUUAAAGUGUUAAAAUCAAACCUGUUUGAGAGUCAUCCCUUUAGAGGACGUGGUUAUUACUGUGUGAUUACUUCUGGGGUGAAAGAGAAGGGGAAAAACCCUGAAGCAUCUGACCACAGAUGGUGUGCAGCCCCUUUAACAAGAUGGGUGAAAAAAAAACAACAAUAUAUAAAGAUUAC